AUGCGCCCAGCUUAUGCCAGCGUCGAGCUCGCUGGCAGUGUGCAUGUGCUCCUUAGGGUUCGAGUAAUGCUGGACGUACUUUGGGCCUACGUGCUCUUUGGGCUUGCUAUGGUCCCGAUAACUGUGUACUUUAAUCAGUUCCUCUUCUUCCUGUUUGCUUUCUAUGUUUCGAUGCGCAAAUUUUACAAGAAAAGCGACGAGCCUCUUGAAUACCUUCCAGGCGUAUCCAUUGUUAAACCUCUGAUGGGCCUAGAUCCGCUUUUGUCCGAGAACAUCACUAGCCAUUUGGAACUUCAGUAUCCAAACUUCGAAGUUAUUUUCUGUGUAGAAGACCCCAAUGACCCUGCCAUUGAACUCGUCGAAUCGCUAUUUCGAAAGUAUCCAAAUGUUGAUGCUCGUCUCAUCAUAGGUGGUAACGGAAAUAUGAUCAAUCCAAUGGUAAAUAACUUCCUCCCUGGUUACGAAUCAGCUAAAUACGACCUUGUGUGGGUCAGCACAAGUCGAAUAAAGGCAAACACCGACAUAAUGGUCGACAUGGUUCGCAAGUCUGAGGACCCUCGCGUUGCCCUCGUUCACCAACUACCCUUUUACUCUGAUCAACGCGGCUUCAUGAAUGCCAUCGAGAAGGUGUGUUUUGGCUGCGCCCUAGGACGUAGUGCAAUAGCUCUCAACCACAUGGGCAUGCUCUGCUUCACUGGAAUGUCCUACAUCGUUCGCAAGUCCAUCCUCGACCGGUACGGUGGUUUUGCGCGCUUUGGAAAGUUCCUCGCAGAGGACUAUUUUUGCUCCAAGGAGCUCUUUGAAAGUGGCUACAAGAUAGUGCUCUCGGCGUACCCCGCACAACAGAACGUAGCCAAUGCAAGCAUCAGUAUCUACGUCACACGGAUGGUGCGUUGGCUGCGGCUGCGUCUCAGUAUGCUCACUAUCGUGGCCGCCUUCUUCGAGCCCAUGAUUGAGUGUGUCAACCUGGGCUUCCUCAUUGCCCUUUCCCUGAGGUACUUCUUCGACAUCGCCAUGAUCACCACUAUGACUGUGCAUAUCUCCCUCUGGAUACUCCUCGAUUACUUCCUCCUUCGAUGCGUCCAGGGUGGUCCGCUCCCCUUCUCCUUUGUGGCAUUCAUAUUUGCCUGGUGGACACGGGAGCUGCUUACGUAUGUCAUCUACGUGAAGGCGGUGCUGCACCCGCGCACUGUGAAGUGGGGUGUCAACACGUACCACCUCUCGUUAGGUGGACACACGGAGCUCCUUCACAGCCCCAACGGCGGUGGAGGCAGCGCCAAGCGCACUAAAUCGGUCGACCUCUCCCCCAUCGCCUUUCAUGAGGCCCCUCCGUCCGAGAUCGGUCCGCUCAAGACGGCCGCCGCUGCCACCACGCCUCAGGAACACAUCUGGCGCCACUUUACCCAGAACGGCUACAUUCGUGGCUCUGCGGAUCGCCAGCACCUUACUCUCAUCUCGGACGCUUGA